GCUGCCGGCCAACUUCUGCAGCUGGCUCUGAGCACGGCGUGGAGGGCAGCGGCACCUCCGGAACAGCCCCUGUUUCCUUUUAUUUAGUCCCUAUUUUUUUUUUUUUUUUUUUAAUUUUUCUCCCUGCCUGAAAUCCCUGUGAAAGCCCCAGGAGGGCUCAGGCAGGGAAGGGCCAGCACAUCUCCAUGGGAUGAUGCCCGCUGCCGGCCGGCGGGGCGCGAGGAGCUGGAAUACCGCUGGGAAUGAAGUGCACGCUCGACAUUUGCUGCAUCUGCCGGAGAGUCAGGCUUCAGCGGCUGCCUCCCCUUCCACCAGCUGUUCCCUUUAAUCACUGCGUUUCCAACUUUUGCUUUGCCAUGCCUCAUGGCCAGGCGAGCCGAGAGAACUAGCACAGGAUUUUUAGGACCAGCUAAAAAAAAAAAACCUAUACCCUUCAUUUUCCUAUUUCUACACGGGACUGGCGAGUCACACUUUAAACAGCCAUGUAAAGACAUUUCAUUCUAAAGGAUUGCCACAUUUUUGAGUCCUCGCAAACUGGAGUGUCCAGGACAAUUUCUUUGUUAUUCUCCUGCCGUGAAGUGAGGAGCAGCGUGUGCGUUGCAGCCCCGCUCGGCUGGGGGAGGCAGCCUGAAAGUGAGCCCGAGCUUGGCUGGAAAGUGAUUCCAGUGCAGGCAGGGAGAGAGAAAGGAGCGGCUGUUGCAAUUAGUUGAAUGAUUUGAUAGAUAACAGCAGACAUGCUUUGUGGACUGAAAAAGGAUUUGCAGUCAGACUUUGACGAUGGCCCUUACUCGAAGGGGAGCAAGGACUCCGGUGGGAUGGACGCAGCCCUGGUCUCCAGGAGGCAAAGCAUCCCAGAAGAGUUCAGAGGGGUCACCAUCGUGGAGCUGAUUAAAAAGGAAGGAAGCACCCUUGGAUUAACCAUUUCAGGUGGCACAGACAAAGAUGGAAAGCCAAGAGUCUCCAAUCUGAGACCAGGAGGACUGGCUGCAAGAAGUGACCAGCUGAACGUCGGGGAUUACAUCAAGUCGGUGAAUGGCAUUAACCUGACCAAGCUGCGGCACGAUGAGAUCAUAAGCCUGCUGAAAAACGUGGGCGAAAGGGUAGUGCUGGAAGUAGAGUACGAGCUCCCGCCAGCCGUGCCGGAGAGCAGCGCUGGCAUUAUUCCCAAGACCAUUGAGGUGUCCCUCUACAAGGAAGGCAACAGCUUUGGCUUCGUGUUGAGAGGGGGAGCCCAUGAAGACUGGCACAAGUCCAGGCCGCUGGUGCUCACCUACGUGAGGCCGGGUGGCCCAGCAGACAGGGAAGGGUCCUUGAAAAUUGGGGACAGGCUGCUGAGCGUCGAUGGGAUCCCUCUGCACAGCAUGACCCACGCCGAUGCCCUCAACAUCCUGCGGCAGUGCAGCCAGGAGGCACUCUUCCAGAUCGAGUACGAUGUGACCAUCAUGGAUACUGUAGCAAAUGCUUCAGGUCCUUUACUAGUUGAAAUAGCAAAGACUCCGGGGUCUACGCUAGGAAUCACACUGACGACAGCCACACACCGGAACAAGCAGGUCAUUGUCAUCGACAAGAUCAAGCCGGCCAGCGUGGUGGACAGAUGUGGUGCGUUGCAUGUUGGUGACCAUAUCCUCUCCAUUGAUGGCACAAGCACAGAACACUGCUCCUUAUUAGAGGCAACUCAGCUUUUAGCUGCCACUUCAGAAAAUGUCAAGCUGGAGAUAUUACCUGUUCACCAAAGCCGACUGCCUUUGAAGCCUCCAGAAACAGUCAAGGUGCAGAAGAGUGACCACCACCACUGCUGGGAUCCCUGUGUCAACUACUGUCAUACCCACCACCCUGGGCACUGCAAGACACCCACUUGGAACCAGACGUCUGGACAGGAUUAUUGCAAAUCUCUGGUGGCUGCCAACUUCUCGUCUCCCACCAUGAACGCGCAGGGCUUCCCCUGCCAGAACUCAAACACGCUACCUCGCAGCUCCCACCCCAUGAGCCCCCGCACCACCAUGCUGAGGAGGCGGCAGAAGAAGAAGGAGCACAAGAGCUCAUUGUCGCUGGCCUCCAGCACGGUGGGUCCUGGCGGGCAGAUAGUCCACACGGAGAUGACAGAGGUGGUGCUCAGGGGAGACCCAUUGAAUGGCUUCGGACUCCAGCUCCAGGGAGGCAUCUUUGCUACCGAAACCCUGUCUUCCCCACCUCUCGUCCGUUUUAUUGAGCCCGACAGCCCGGCAGAGAGGUUAGAGACCUUGCCCUUGGAUGCUGAUGGUGCUGCUGCUGAACAUUUCAUGGUUUGGUGUGGUCUGCUACAAGUAGGAGACAGAGUCCUUUCUAUCAACGGCAUUGCGACCGAGGACGGGACCAUGGAGGAAGCCAAUCAGCUUUUGCGUGAUGCUGCGCUCACAAAUAAAGUGGUGCUCGAGAUUGAAUUUGAUGUUGCAGAGUCUGUCAUACCCAGCAGCGGUACUUUCCACGUUAAAUUGCCCAAGAAAAGAGGUGUAGAGCUUGGAAUUACAAUCAGCUCUGCAAGCAGAAAGCCUGGGGAGCCUUUGAUCAUCUCUGACAUCAAGAAGGGGAGUGUAGCACAUAGAACUGGCACCUUGGAGCCAGGAGACAAGCUGUUAGCCAUUGAUAACAUCCGACUCGACAAUUGCUCAAUGGAGGAUGCUGUGCAGAUUUUAAGGCAGUGUGAAGACCUGGUCAAAUUGAAGAUUAGGAAGGAUGAAGAUAACUCUGAUGAGCAGGAGACAACAGGUGCUAUUAUCUACACGGUGGAACUGAAGCGAUACGGUGGUCCCUUGGGAAUAACCAUCUCUGGGACAGAGGAACCUUUCGACCCUAUUGUCAUUUCGGGCUUGACUAAACGAGGGCUGGCAGAAAGAACUGGAGCCAUCCACAUCGGUGACCGGAUAUUAGCAAUUAAUAACGUGAGCCUCAAGGGCAAACCGCUGAGCGAAGCUAUUCACCUGCUGCAGAUGGCGGGAGAGACGGUCACUCUGAAGAUCAAGAAGCAGACAGAGAAACCCUAUCCCAAGAAGUCGGGGAGUAUAAAUGAAGUGAGUGACCCAGAAGAUGAACUGACAGACUCCCAGAAAACUAGCAAGUUGUCUGAGAUAUACUCCACCACAAUUCCUAGCGUGGACAGUGCUAUGGAGUCCUGGGAUGGCUCCGGCAUUGAUGCUGGGUAUGGAAGCCAAGGUACGUACAUACCUCAGGCUGCCGGCAUAGCCCUCCAUCCACAUGAAUGGAGACACAGCAGGCAAAAGAGCAGCACCCCUCCGGGGGACCCCAGGAAAAACUACCCCUACAUGGAUGGAAGCUUCAGUGAAGAAGACUGGGACAAGCCCACCAGAUACCCCAACCGCCAAAAUGGCCUUGAGACCACUCACGAGGAUAGUUUUUGGCGUGUUUUUGGAGAAGCUUUGGAGGAUUUGGAAACAUGCGGCCAGUCUGAACUUUUGAGGGAGAUUGAGGCAUCCAUCAUGACAGGGAGCGUGCACAACCUGGGCCUGGAGGGCAGCAAGCUGCUCCUGGACUCUGUCAACCCAUCGGGACUGAGCCCAUUGAGAAAAGCAAACUCCAGCUGUGAUGACCGACAGACUGAGGGCAGCAGCUCCCCUGCCAAGAAGAAUGAGAGGAACCUGGACAUGAAGAAGAUCGAGAAGGAGAUGCAGGAAAUCAUGUCCCCUACCCCCCUCGAGUUUCACAAGAUGACACUUCACAAAGACCCGGAGAGCGAAGACUUUGGAUUCAGUGUGUCGGAUGGCCUGUUAGAAAAAGGUGUCUAUGUAAAUAUGGUCCGUCCGGAUGGGCCAGCAGAUCAGUGUGGCCUCAAGCCAUAUGACAGAGUGCUUCAGGUAAACCGCAUCCGAACGAGAGACUUUGACUGCUGUCUGGCUGUUCCCCUGAUUUCGGAGGCUGGAGAUAAGCUGGACCUGGUGAUUAGCAGAAACCCUUUGGCAUCGGCUGCCAACGCUCCCCCGGAGGGGAACAGAGAGCUGCCGGCGCAGGUGGCCCACGGCGCCGAGAUCAAGGCAAGCGUCCAGACGCUCUGAGCAGCAGGAGCAGAGCAGGUGGUGCCCGGGGCAUCUACUGAGCCGUUGUGGUAUUUGGGGUGUUUUUCCUGUUUUUUGCACUGGUAUUUGUAAACGCUGUGUGUACCAUAACCUGCAAGCGGGGAGGUGGGUCUUCAGUGAGCCUGGAGACCACCAAAUAUUGCUGGGAAGGUGGGAGUUGGAUGCACAUCUCGGGCCGUGGGCAGCGCCAGUGAUGGGACGAGCUGCCGACGGGAGGAAGGAGCAUCCACAGCCAUCCCCCAUGGCAGGGCAUCGCCCUGUGCCCCAGCCCUAGGGGGGCAUGGGGUUCUGCUUCCAACAUCCUCCUCACCCCAAAGGCCUUGGCCAUCCUAUAAACACACAUGGUGCUAUUAUGUUACUUGGUUGCUCGAUUAUCGCAUACAGCAAGACUGAAGAGCUUUUCCUUUUCUGUUGCGCCCAGCUCCGUCCGUAAAACACCCCUGAUCAAUCGAUUUCCGCAGCCCCUUGCACCAGUGCAGGGCUGUGGAGAGCCCUGUCUAAAAGACAUUCUCAAAAUGUGCUUGAGAGCAGCUAGACGCAAUUCCUCUUCAAAAAUUGGUAUUUGCAGCUGCCUCCUGCCAGCCCCAUCCACGCUCCCGGCCAGGGCUGGCUCGCCCUGUGGUGGGAUGAAGCACCUCAUCUCACCAUCAAUGCCCAGGAGCAAUGUGGUUGCCUGUGCUGGAGUAGUUACUACAGAGCAGAAGGUCCUACCCAAGGCUAAAGGCCUUGAAUACCUGCCCAAAUCCCCAGCCACCUUGUCUGUCUGGGCUUUGUGGAGAUCUCUUGCUUGCAAACCUGGCCUGUGCCCGCAAGUAAAUAGCAGAAUAGCCAUCCCGGGACUCUCCCUGAUGUUUUCAGUUAAUAAAGCCUUGUUGUCUCCUGUCAGGCAGUGGCAUGAGAAGCCCUUCGUUAGAUGGAGGUUGUGUUCCCCGUGUCCCGCUGGGGCUGGGUGGUGUGUGUGCCCAUGUGGGUUCGGCUGCUCGCCCCCCGUCCCCCCGCCUUUGCCUGUUGUUGGCCUUUCGGUGGCUUUGCAAGCAUGACACCCCGGGGUCCCUCCCCUCCCUCCUGAGAGCCCCCAGCCCCGCGGGGAAGGGGGGUUGUGGUGUUCGCAUCGGUCUCCUCAUCCGCCUGCCACGUUUCAGGUAUUAGCACUUUAUGAUGAUGUCCGUGUCCCGGUGGUGGCACUGAGCCUGGCAUAGCUUUCCCAGGGAAGGCACAGCAGAGACAGGAGCUCGCUCAGACACCUCAGCCCCGGCGCCCACCACCCCCGUUCCCCACUCACCCUUUCGGGUCCUCCAUCACCCCCGAUGGGGCACAUAGGGUCCCGGAUGGGUGGACAGCUCGUGUUUUGUCGCUUUGCUGAGCCAGGACUUGUCCCCCCACCGUCUGUCCCCGAGCCACUUGGCACCUCUGUCCCUCUGCGAUAGCUCAACGUACCAGGGUGUUUCCUCCAGACACGUGCCCGGCCCCAUCCAGCUCUUUUGUCGUUGUAGCCAUUUUCUCUUUGAGUAUGCAAUAUCCCAUACCAUUGCUGCCACAACUAGAUAACGUGCCAUAAUUGAUACUGUGGAGCAUUGACAGUGCAGCCGAAAGUGUUUUUAUAUGCAAUAUUCUGAGCAGCGGAAGCUCGCUGGGGCUUCUCAAAGGGUUUUUAAUGAAGACUUUUAUUAAAGGCUUUAAAGAAAAAAUUUAAAAAAAAAAAGGGGAAGAAAAACUUGGUCCUUGUAUCCCUUCCUAUGCAUUUUGAAUGAUAUGAAGAUGAAAUGCGUUACUUAAAUGUGUAUUUUUAUCCAUAUAUUAGAGUGUAUUCCUUGUAAAGUAUUUUUAUAUGCUAAUUUUCUUAUGUAUCUAUGAAAGCACAAUAUUUAAAAGUACAGCAUUUCAAAGAAUAUUUUAGUCCUGUUUUGGACCUAUUUGUAAAUCUCUGUAUUUAAAUGGGAUUGCAAUGACUUUGACUUUUUUUUUUAAUUAAAUAAAAGCAAAUGAAAUGC